GUGUAAGUGUCAGCAGAAUCAAGUCAACAUGCUACCAUUCGUUCUGGCAUCGGUGCUCAUCGCUGGCGCUUUGGGGUGCGGUGUUCCCCCCAUCCAGCCCCUCAACACCCGCGUGGUCAAUGGAGUGGACGCCAUUCCUCACAGCUGGCCCUGGCAGAUCUCUCUGCAGUACCUGCGAAAUGAUGAGUGGAGACACACUUGCGGAGGAUCGCUGAUCGCCACCAACUGGGUGAUGACAGCUGCUCAUUGUAUCAACAAACAGAACACCUACCGUGUGUAUGUGGGAAAAUACAACCUGGUGGAACAGGAGGCUGGAUCCAAAGCCAUGACUCCUGAGAAGAUCAUCGUUCACGAGAAGUGGAACCCCAUCUUUGUAGCUUUCGGGUUUGACGUUGCUCUGAUUAAACUCACUGAACACGUGACCCUGAGCGACACCGUGCGGUUGACCUGCUUGCCUCCUGCUGGUACCAUCCUCCCCAACAACUACCCCUGCUACAUCACUGGCUGGGGCAGAACCUCCACUGGAGGUCCCAUCGCUGAUAGGCUGCAGCAGGCUCUGAUGCCUGUCGUUGACCACGCCACCUGCUCCAAACCCGACUGGUGGGGUCCUGGGCUGAAAGACACUCUGCUGUGCUCUGGUGGUGAUGGCAUCGUCGCUGGCUGCAACGGUGACUCUGGUGGUCCUCUCAACUGUAAGAACGCACAGGGUGUGUGGGAAGUGCACGGCAUCGCCAGCUUCGUCUCAGGCCUCGGCUGCAACUACGAGAAGAAACCCACUGUCUUCACCCGCGUGUCCGCCUACAACGACUGGAUCAACCAGGUUAUGAUUGAUAAUUAAGGCGAUGAACUCCUUUCAAUAAAAUCAUCUAAUGCUAAUCUACAA